AUGGCUGAAGAAAGAAACGAAGAUUAUUCUAAAAACGACGACGCAAAAAUCAUUACCGGUCACUACAUAAUGGACGGUAUACCUAAAUUCACCGGCGAUGAAUUAACGUACUCAUCAACGAAAUGGGUGCAAGAUAUUGAUGACAACGCAGAAAUUUUCGGUUGGACAGGCCAACAGAAACUCAUCAUCGCAAGGAGGUCGCUCGCCGGAACGGCACAACUCUGGCUGAGAACUGAAAAGGUAUUUAAGACUUACGACGAACUAAAGACUGCGCUACAGAAAGAAUUCCCUGAAGCAAUCAACGUCAAACAGAUGCACGAGAUGAUGAGCGCGCGAAAAAAACGUGCAGAUGAGACGUACUAUCAAUACAUGCUAAUCAUGAAAGAGCUUGGCAGAAGGGCGAAGUUCCCUGACUACGUGGCUAUCCAGUACAUCAUAGAUGGAAUAUCCGAUUUCGAGUCGAACAAACUACUAUUUUAUGGCGUGACGACGUAUCCAGUACUUAAAGAGAAAAUUACACUUUACGAGGCGUUCAAGCAAAAGACAAAAAAGCAAGAUGCUACAAGACGCGAUUCAAGACCGAAACCUGCGAAAGUGAUAUAUCCUGUAACAUCAAAAGUGCAGCCACGAUGCUACAAGUGCGGCGAGUGUGGACAUUUGUCGAGUAAUUGCACGAGAGGCGUCAAAUGCUUUCGUUGCAAUUCAUACGGCCAUAUUGGAGCAGAGUGCAAACGGUCGUCGAGCGCGGAGGUGAGUCAUCCAUCGACAAGCGGAACAAAGACCGAACGAAAAUCGAUGUUCGUUCACGGCUUCGAUCGGACGACGCUAGGUGGCGCUGACGCAGCGAAUGAAGCAAGUCGUAUUUCCGAUGACCGAAUGACGAAUCGAGAAACGUCAAUGUCAACGAACGACGCUGACCGAAUGAUGACCCGAGAAACGUCAAUGUCAACGUCAACGUCAGAUUACUCAAGCGGUACUUCACUCAUUCAGUGUCAAGAUCGGCGUAGUGUCAUGAACAUAAACAAUGGCGAUGUUUUCCACAAUAAAUCAAUUAAAAAUGCGAAAUUAUGCGGUCACGAGAUUUCGAAGGAGAGAAAAUGUCUCUCAUAGGAUUGGGAUCGUGUAAGGUGCACUCAUUUGGUAAGUUUACAGCUAGUUUAGUUAUCGAUGGUCACAAGUAUCAUGUUUCUUUUCACGUGAUUCCCACAGAGGUAAUUCCAUAUCAGGUUAUUUUAGGUCAACCAUUUUUAGUAAACACAAUAGUCAUUGUGGACAGAGGUGAAGUUGAGGUUAGGCCACAGUUUUAUGACAGUUCAUAUCAGAUGUGUAUGUUUUCUAGCUGCGAAGAACAGAGUGAAAUCCCAGUUAUCCAAGAGAUUAUCGACAGUUACAAACCACUGAAAGUGAAAGAAGCACCAAUCAAGUUGAAGAUAGUGUUGAAAGAUGACAUCCCAGUUUCACAACGACCACGAAGAUUGGCUUUGGCCGAAGAAGCAUUGGUGAAAGAGCAGAUUGAUGAAUGGCUAACAAAAGGUAUUAUUCGACCAAGCUAUUCGGAGUAUGCUAGUCCUCUUGUGAUAGUGAAGAAGAAAGACGGGAAAAUAAGAGUCUGCUUUACC